GUAUGCCAGUCUAUAUUUCUGUUGUGCAAUUGAAGAGCAGGACAAUGAGCUGAUCACACUGGAAGUCAUCCACCGCUUCGUAGAGCUGCUGGAUAAGUACUUUGGCAGUGUGUGUGAGCUGGACAUCAUCUUUAACUUUGAGAAGGCCUACUUCAUUCUAGAUGAGUUCCUGAUGGGAGGAGAGAUUCAGGACACGUCUAAGAAGAGCGUUCUCAAAGCCAUUGAACAAGCAGACCUGCUGCAGGAGGAGGACGAGUCACCCAGGAGUGUUUUGGAAGAGAUGGGCUUGGCGUAGUACACAGCAGUGCUAUGAGAGACUAUAGAUACCAAGGCAGAGGGCUGGACGUGAGGGGGGCGGGACAGAAUCUGGGACUGACUGUGGCUCAGACUGGCAGCAUUGGUUCUGUGUGUCUGUGGCUCUGGGGAUGUACAGUGUUUAACUGGGGGAAAGACAUUCAGUUAAAAAUGGAAGAUCCUUGCAUUGGCCCUUUAGCUUUGUGUGUGUGUGUGUGUGUGUGUGUGUUCUGAGCAUAGGGUAUAGAAAAUGGGAUACCUUUUUAAACUUGUGUGUGUCUGCAGGGGGGUUGUGUGUUGAGAUUUUUAAAGGGGGGAGUCUAGCUUUGCUUAUCAGAGUGGAUACUGGCGUUAGAAUCAAAGUGAGUCAGCCUGGCAGUUUGACGCUAGAGUUGGUCGUGAAGGUUUGUCAGGUACUAAAUGUGGACAGAGACUUGGUCAGAUAUUUGGGUAUAUUUUAAAAAAAUCCCUGAUAUUUUUCUGUAUUUUUUGUAUUUUCAACAAUUCUCAUGAAAAGACAAAAACUAAUCAUGUGUUAGUCCAUCUCUCAAAGUUUGUGAUUUCCCUGCCUUCCUUCCUUCAUAAAUAUUUUGAAAUAGCUCACAAUUAUAUAGGUUAAUUUUUUUUUUAAAAUGCCUCAGUUAUUUCCUAAAACAGCUGCACAUGAGAUUUGAUGACAGUCAGAAAAAUAUAGAAUACCACCAGACCUUUUAAAUUCUGUGUUCUCUUUUUUCGUAGCAUUAGCCAUUAUUCCUAUUGGUUAUGUAUGUGAUUAUAACAAGGAAAAAUGAACAUACUACCUAAAAUAUGGUCCACUUUCACCAAAAGCCCUGACAUAGUUGAUGUGUGGCUACUGCCAUAAAGCAUUACAUGUCCCAGCCCAGAGCCAAUAGUUACAUAGUGUGAAACAAUUGUAGUGGGUAGUUAAGUAAAACAUUAUCCUAACCAAUAGGACUGAGGGCCAUAAAUACGGUAUAAGAAAACAGGAUUUUGCUUUGUUUUUAGGCCUCCACUCUCUAGAUGUUCCACUUAAACUACAUCUACAUAAAUAUCUCUGUCAGUCUAUUAUUACAGUUAUUUGAAUUACAUUUGAUGAUUUAAGAAUUUUUGUUGAGGCACAGUUGUGCUGUUUGGAAUUCAUCCCUAGCCCAUCUUACCUAACACAAUGGGCACUGGAGUUGGAACUUGACAUUCUUCUGCCUUGGAGUUUCAAGGCAUUUAGAAUAAACUGAAUUUUAGACAAGUAUAUCCUAUGGCCCCAUACAUGUUUUAUCAAUUAUUUUUUGAUGUGUGGUUGUUACUGAUGUUAGUGAUCCAAUUUGAUGUAAAAUGCCAUCUUAGGCUGCUAGAGUAUUGGAAGUCAGUAAAGGUAAAGAGCAGGGUCACUUAAUGCAUUUCCUGUAAGUGAUGCUUGCAUUGGUCACUUUGGUUACAGUGUCAUUUCAUUUAAACAAAGUGCAUUUUUUAAACAGUAACUGACUGCAACUAGUUUUGAAUGUAUUCUUUAGGGACGCAGCGGUUUACCAGGGUCAUGGUGGGUCCAUACCUCAGGUUUGGUCAGGGUUUUGUUUGGGUCUAGAUCAACAUACAAUAUUAACAUGGUUUCCUUACUAUAUCCUGAUAGUAAUACACAAGACAGAUGUCAGUCUGUUCCUGGUUCCCCUUGCUCCUCCUAGUGUUCCCAAUGGCAUUUCCAGGAAUCCAUCGGGCCUGAACCGAACCAAAACAACCAAUCAGAGCCAAUGAAGAUCUCAUUCCCAGCAUCAAUAUUUGAUCAACUAUCUUUCUCGGCUCUGAUUGGUUGUUUUGCUCCAGGCCCGGUGGAUUCUUGCAAAUACCAUUAAGAACACUACGAUGCGCAAAAGGAACCUGAUCAUCUGUCCCAUGUACUACUAUGAGGAUAUAGGAAAAGUUUCUGCAAAUAUAACUAAAAGUUAUCUCCUGCAGCUUUAAUGAAGUGGAAAGUUGUUUUCUGUCUCAACUUCCAGAUCAGCUUGUAAUAAGACAAAUAAUUUAGUGUCAGUGAAUGGGCAAGUUUCUGGCAAACGUAUGUGUGGUUCUACAAAUGCACAAACAUUGUAUGUUUAUACUCACAUUGGGUUAGGGUUUUUUAAUUAAAGGUCCAGUGUGUAACAUAA